UUCGUCCUGUGCGGAGUGUGCGUUCGGAAUAAGAAAUGACGGCGAGGGGGAGAAUGGGGAAAAGGGGAUAUCCGUUUCGCUUCGCCCGGAGAGCCAGCAGCUGUAGAAAGAAAGAAAGAAAUACCGGUUUUGUGCGUUUGUGCUUUAAGGAGUUACUCUGUCGUAUCGUCGAAUAUUCUCCCUCUGCAUCGAGUCGACUCUACUGUUUAAACUAAAAAUGACCGCUUUCGAAGAAAUGGGUGUGCUGCCAGAAAUAGCAAAAGCGGUGGAUGAUAUAGAUUGGACAUUGCCAACAGACGUUCAAGCCGAGGCUGUUCCCCUGAUUUUGGGUGGUGGAGAUGUACUCAUGGCUGCGGAAACUGGCAGUGGAAAGACCGGAGCUUUCUGUUUGCCCAUUUUACAGAUAGUCUGGGAGACUCUUAAAGAUUUUGAAUCUGGUGGAGGAAGUGGAGCAUCCUUCGCGCUAGUUCAGCAAUCUGCACAUUGGGCACUGAGCUUGUUCGACAGGGGACGAGCCUUAGCGGUGACACCGGAUGGCUUGAGAUGUCAGAGCAGAGAACAAAAAGAAUGGCAUGGCUGUCGUGCAAACAAAGGAGUAUCGCGCAGUGGCAAGUACUUCUUCGAGUGCAUAGUGACUGAUGAGGGUUUGUGUCGAGUAGGCUGGUCUACAUCUCAGGCUUCCUUGGAUCUGGGAACGGAUAAGUUUGGUUAUGGAUUCGGUGGUACCGGGAAGAAAUCGAAUGCGAAGCAAUUCGACAAUUAUGGGGAGGCCUUUGGGAUGCACGAUGUGAUCGGGUGUUUCCUGGAUUUAGUAAAGGGCGAAAUUAAAUUUACCAAGAACGGCGUGGAUUUGGGCGUCGCGUUCACGUUGAAUGCGCAGCAAAAGUCGCAAACCUAUUAUCCGGCCGUUGUGCUGAAGAACGCUGAGAUGUCUUUCAAUUUUGGAGCACAACCGUUCAAACAUUCACCUUCGAACGACUACGUGGCCGUGUCGUCGGUGCCGAAAGAAUCCAUCAAGUACAAUCCCGUCAACAGCAACCAGACCCAAACGAGCCAAAGCGGUAAACCGACGAGCAAUGCGCCUCAGGCGAUCAUCAUAGAACCAUCUCGCGAGUUGGCUGAACAGACUUACAGUCAAAUACAGAAGUUCAAAACGCACUUGAAGGACCCAAUGGUCAGAGAAUUGCUUGUUAUCGGUGGCGUGAAUGUGAAAGAUCAGAUUGCUAUCUUGAACUCUGGCGUGGACAUGGUGGUCGGUACCCCCGGGCGCCUAGAGGAUCUUAUACAAGGAGGCUACCUUUCGUUGACGCAUUGCAGAUUCUUCGUGCUAGACGAAGCUGACGGACUACUGAAGCAGGGCUGUACCGAACUCAUCGAUCGUCUACACAAACAAAUCCCAAAGAUCACGUCGGACGGCAAGAGGUUGCAGAUGAUUGUGUGCUCGGCGACGUUACACGCGUUCGAAGUUAAAAAAAUGGCUGAACGUCUGAUGCAUUUCCCGACUUGGGUGGAUUUGAAAGGCGAGGACGCGGUGCCCGAGACCGUACAUCACGUCGUGGUGACGGUGGACCCGCAGAAAGACAAGUCAUGGCACAAUCUGAGGAGCCACAUAGAGACCGACGGCGUGCACGUGAGAGACAACGUGAGACCGGGGAACAGCACUGCCGAAACAUUGUCGGAGGCCGUGAAGAUACUGAAAGGCGAGUACUGCAUUCGCGCUAUCAAGGAGCACAAGAUGGACCGAGCGUUGAUAUUCUGUAGAACGAAACUCGACUGCGACAACCUGGAGCGAUUCCUCAGGCAGUCCGGCAGCCAACAGCUUUCGUGUGUGUGCCUGCACGGCGACAGGAAGCCCGCGGAGCGCAAGGCCAAUCUGGAGAAGUUCAAGCGCCAGGAGGUGAAGUUCCUCAUCUGCACCGACGUGGCCGCCAGAGGAUUGGAUAUCACCGGACUACCGUUCAUGAUAAACGUAACUUUACCCGACGAAAAGUCCAAUUACGUGCAUCGCAUCGGAAGAGUCGGCAGAGCCGAGAGAAUGGGUCUGGCGAUCUCGUUGGUCAGCAGCGUGCCGGAAAAGGUUUGGUAUCAUGGUGAAUGGUGCUCGUCUCGCGGCAGAAAUUGCCAGAACACUAAUCUCACCAAUCAAGGUGGCUGUUGCACAUGGUAUAAUGAGCCAAACUAUCUGGCGGAGAUCGAGGAUCAUCUGAAUGUGACGAUUCAGCAAGUGGGAAUGGACAUAAAGGUGCCGCUGAACGAGUUCGACGGCAAGGUUACAUAUGGCGAAAAGAGAAUGGCGAUGGGUUCCAAUUACGAGAAUCAUGUCCAACAAAUGGCCCCGAUCGUGGCUGAAUUGGCCGCGCUGGAAUCCAGAGCACAACUCGCAUUCUUGAAGAAGCACGUGGUUGAGCGUUAAGAUCGGGCAAUGCUGUUCCCCCCCCCCCCCAGUCUAACUCGGAGCCCUCACGAUCAGGAUCACGAUGCGCGAUGAAUAUUACGAAUGACGAAAAUUUUUCCUUGUUUUUCCAUACGUAUUAUUUCCUUAUAUUAUUACUAUUGUUCCUUCUCUCUUAUAUUUAUGAACGUUUCCGAGAAGCGCGUCUUGUUUUUUGCAUUUAUAUGAAAUCACGGCAUUGCGCAUUGCACAAGAAUAUAAAUGUAACAAUAAGGAAAGUAAGUUCUGUGUAUAUUUCUCUUAAAUAUAUGCUACAUGUUAAAACGA